GAGAGCGCGCUGCGGCUCUGCUUUUCCCUCUCCCCCCUCGGUAGCAAGGGCCAUCAGCUGAUUGGCCGCAGAGAGGGAGAGGAGGGGCAGGAACCCAGCAUGUUGAGGGAAGAGGUGGGGGGAGGGGGAAGCUUGCCUGUCCUGCAAGGAGAGAGCAGUGGAUGAAAAAGAGUGGGCCAGGCAGGAUUUUUAAUGGCACGCUGUUGUCUGCCGGGGUCCCCACGCAUCACUAGAUUGUUAAAGGGACAGCGUCAAGAUAGUUUCACUUACAUUACAGUUAACUGGAAAGAACAAAGGAAAUGGGUUACCUAGGGAGGUUAUGGGAUCUCUGGCACUGGAGGCUUUUAAGAACAGGUUAGAUAAACUUACAUCAAGGAGGGUCCAAGUAUACUUUUACCCACCCUGCCAUGCUGAGGCAGGAUUAUGUACACUGCAGCGGAGAAGUGUAAUUUCCAGCUUGAGUAAGACAGACCUGUGAUAGCUCAACUUGAGCUAGUAUGCUUACAAUAGCAGUGUUGGAUGUUGCUCAUGCCACCAUCAGUGCUGCUAGUUGCCUGGGGUCAGGGGUCAGGUGGGUUUGGAAUCUGGAAGCUAGCUGAAGCUGCUAUCAGUGCUGCAACAGCCAUACUAUUUUUAGCAUACUAGCUCAACCUGAGCUAGCAUGACCCUGUUUACUUUUGCUGGAAAUCUCACCACCUAGCUGCAGUGUGGACAUAACUUUGAGGUCACUUUCAGCUCUAUGUUUCUGUGAUUUUUAAAAAGAAGUCUUACUUCAGUUUGUGUUUUGACAGCACUUUGAUCUGUUUCACAUUUCUCUUGCUAUGUGUGAUUCAGACAGCAACAAGGAAGAAAGUCUUAAAAUGUAGUAAAAAACCAAAAAACAAAAACAGGAGUACUUGUGGCACCUUAGAGACUAACAAAUUCAUUAGAGCAUAAGCUUUCGUGGGCUACAGCCAACUUCAUCGGAUGCACUGAAUGGAACAUAUGGUUAGUGAAAGUGCUUCGGGCAACAGUGAAGAUUAUGAUAGUGAGGAGGAGGAGAAAAAAAAAAAGCUGCCGGCAAGCAGGUGGAGAAGUGGUGGGAAAGCCAAAAAACGAAGAGUGGUGGACUCUGACAGUAACAAUGAAGGUUCAGAUGAAGAGUUUAAACCAGAUGCUAAAGAUGAAGCAAGCAGUGAUGAAGCAAGCAGCGGAAUGGGCGAAGGUGAAUCUGCCAGCUCUGAGACAGACACGAAGAUGGAUGCAGAUAGUCCUGUGAAAGUCCCUUCUAAACGAAAGAGAGAAACUGACCGCAAACCUGCUAAAAGGAAUAGGUUGGAAAAUGACCAUCCUGAAACACCCAAAAGAGCAAUAACUGUUUUAUUAGAAACCAAGUCAAGGCUGACCUCUUUUGCAGCGCCUGAAAACUUUGAGUCUCAGCCAAAUGUUAGCAGUUCUACUAUAUGGGAACAUGAUAAACUUGAAUGGCUUCAGGAAGGGAAAAAGAGAGAUGGAUGUAGAAGACGACAAAGUGAUCCUCAUUACGACCCAUGUACCCUUCAUGUGCCAGAGGACUACCUUAACAAGUGUACCCCAGGAAUGCGGAAGUGGUGGCAGCUAAAGUCUCAGAACUUUGAUGCUGUAAUCUUCUACAAAGUUGGGAAGUUCUAUGAGUUGUAUCAUAUGGAUGCAGUCACUGGUGUAAAUGAGCUGGGACUGAUAUUUAUGAAAGGUAUUUGGGCCCAUUCAGGUUUUCCAGAAAUUGCAUUUGGCAGAUUCUCUGAUGUUCUAGUACAGAAGGGGUACAAAGUAGUCCGGGUUGAGCAGACAGAGACUCCUGAGAUGAUGGAAGCACGCUGCAGAUCCCUGGCCCACCCAACAAAGUUUGAUAGGGUUGUACGCAGAGAAAUAUGCAGGAUAAUUACCAAAGGGACACAGACCUACAGUGUUCUGGAUGGAGACCCUUCUGAAAAACUUAAUAAAUACCUUCUCAGUGUAAAAGAAAAAGUUGAAGACACUUCUGGCCACCACCGUGCAUAUGGUGUCUGUUUUGUUGACACAUCGGUGGGAAAAUUUUAUGUGGGCCAGUUUCCAGAUGACCGCCACUGCUCCAGGUUUAGAACUUUGGUGGCACACUACACUCCGGUGCAGAUCCUGUUUGAGAAGGGAAAUCUGUCUGCAGACACACACAAGAUAUUAAAAGGCUCACUCUCUUCUUCCAUGCAAGAAGGCUUGAUCUCUGGCUCCCAGUUCUGGAAUGCAUCUAAAACACUGAAAACUCUAAUUGAAGAAAGCUACUUUGAGGAUAAGCAAAAUGUUGAUGAUAGGUUUAUUCUGCCUCCUGUGAUCAAAUCCAUGACAUCAGAAAUUGACUCUCUGGGUCUUACUCCUGGUGAAAACUCUGAGUUAGCUUUGUCAGCUCUCGGUGGAUGUGUCUUCUACCUCAAGAAAUGCCUUAUUGACCAGGAGCUCUUAUCUCUGGCAAACUUUGAGGAGUAUGUUCCUGUGGACAUUGAUGUUGUAAAAGCUAAAGGAUCAAGCAGUUUCUUUGCUAAAACCAAUCAGCGGAUGGUGCUGGAUGGGGUGACACUAACAAACUUGGAAAUCCUGCAGAAUGGAACUACUGGCACCACAGAAGGCACAUUACUGGAAAGGAUUGACAUUUGUUGUACCCCUUUUGGAAAGCGACUCCUGAAACAGUGGAUAUGUGCACCCCUCUGUAAUCCCCACUCCAUCAAUGAUCGUUUGGAUGCAGUUGAAGAUCUUCUGGCAGUUCCUGAUAAAAUGUUUGAAGUUAGUGAACUUCUGAAGAAACUUCCAGAUCUUGAAAGGCUCCUAAGCAAAAUUCACAGUAUUGGAUCACCACUUAAAAGUGAGACUCAUCCAGACAACAGGGCUAUCUUUUAUGAAGAAACCAGAUACAGUAAAAAAAAAAUCACUGACUUCUUGUCUACAUUGGAAGGAUUUAAAGUAAUGCUUGAGACCAUAGGGAUCAUGGAAGAAAUUGCUGCUGAUUUCAAAUCUAAAAUACUUAAGCAGUUAGUCACUCUGAAGUCGAAAAAUCCAGAGGGCUGUUUUCCAGACCUGAGUACAGAACUUAAAAGAUGGGAUACUGCUUUUGACCACAAUGAGGCUCGAAAGACUGGAGUGAUUACUCCGAAGGCUGGGUUUGACCCUGAUUAUGAUAAAGCACUAAAGGAUAUUACAGACAUUGAAGAGAAUCUUCGGGAGUAUUUGGAUAAACAACGCAAACGGCUUGGAUUCAAAGCCAUGCUUUAUUGGGGAGCAGGCAAAAACCGCUACCAAAUGGAAAUUCCAGAAAAUGCAAUAUCUCACAAUUUGCCUGAGGAAUAUGAAUUGAAGUCCACCAGAAAGGGUUAUAAACGUUACUGGACCAAGGAGAUAGAGAAGAUGCUGGCGGAGAUGGUCAAUGCUGAAGAACGGAGAGAUGCAGCGCUGAAAGACUGUAUGAGGAGACUGUUCCACAAUUUUGAUAAAAAUAGCAAAGACUGGCAAACAGCAGUGGAAUGCUUUGCUGUAUUAGAUGUCUUGAUGUGCCUCGCUAACUAUAGUCAAGAGGGUGAUGGACCAUUCUGCCGACCUGUAAUUCUACUGCCAGAACAGAAUACUCCACCCUUCUUGGAGCUUAAAGGUUCACGCCAUCCAUGCAUUACAAAAACGUUUUUUGGGGAUGAUUUUAUUCCUAAUGAUAUUGUGAUAGGUUCCAAGAAUGAAGAUGAAGACAGCAAUAGUGAAGCCUACUGUGUUUUAGUAACUGGCCCAAACAUGGGUGGCAAAUCUACACUAAUGAGACAGGCUGGCCUUUUGGCAAUAAUGGCUCAGUUGGGAUGCUAUGUACCUGCUGAAGCUUGCAGGCUUACUCCUAUUGACAGAGUAUUUACAAGACUAGGUGCCUCGGACAGAAUUAUGUCAGGAGAGAGUACCUUUUUUGUUGAGCUGAGUGAGACUUCCAGCAUACUCCGGCAUGCAACAGAGCAUUCCCUUGUGCUUGUGGAUGAACUAGGUAGAGGCACAGCUACUUUUGAUGGCACAGCUAUAGCAAGUGCAGUUGUUAAAGAACUUGCAGAAAAUAUAAAGUGUCGCACACUUUUUUCUACACAUUAUUAUUCAUUAGUAGAGGACUAUUCACACAGUGCUGCUGUGCAACUGGGCCAUAUGGCAUGUAUGGUUGAAAAUGAGAGUGAAGAUCCAAGCCAGGAAACUAUUACAUUCCUCUAUAAAUUCAUUAGAGGAGCUUGUCCUAAAAGCUAUGGCUUCAAUGCAGCAAGGCUUGCUAAUAUUCCAGAGGAAGUUAUUCAGAAAGGUCACAGAAAAGCACGAGACUUUGAGAAAGUUACACUUUCACUGAGACUGUUUAAGCACCUUUGCCUGGUGGCAGAGAAUGCAGCAGGAGAUAAAGCUGUUCCUAAACUGAUGACUGUGAUCAAUAAUCUGUAAGAUACAGUAACAAGUGUUACUGGUGGUUUUCUCACAAAGAUGGUAUGCAGACAACAUUAUGAUCUAAUAAACUUUAUUUUUUAAAAAUGA